CUCUUUGUGUGUGUGCGCGCGCGGGGUGUGUGUGGUGUGCAAGAGAAAGAGAAGCGUCGUGCGCACACGCCGCCGCGAAAAACACGGAAAUUAGCGAAAAAUAACAUCGUAACAACAAAAAAAGCCACCAAGAAUUGAUUGAUUGAUUGACAAAGUCAAAGCCGAGUUUAUGUUUCUGGAACCAAGUUACUAAAGCAAAAACUCUGGAUUAUACCUGCGAACUAACUUCAUUUAGUUAGCUAAAGUGCUAGCUAACUAAAUAGAAAGUUUCCCUCCCUACACGAUGUCUGGAAGUGAGGACGACAGGGACGACUAUGGAGCCCCCGAGGAGCGCUUACUCCACGACGAUGAUGAUGAGGACCUGUCUGAGCCUGAGACGCAGAAGGUGAAGAAGAAAAAGAAGGCAAAGAAAAACAAAGAGAGUAAAGGAGCCAAAAGACGCUCCCGCCGAGAGGAGCUCCCUGUCAGUUCACCGGAGCUUAUGGAUGUAGGCAAUGCUGAUGAAGCUGAGGAAGAGGCUGUGCAGCGCUCAGACAGUGAGGGCAGCGAUUACACUCCGGGACGGAAGAAAAAGAAGAGGGCCAGCAGCGGCAAGGAGAAGAAGAGGAGCACUGGGUCUGAGAGGAGCUCCAGAAAGAAGGAUCCCGAACCAGAGGAGGAUGAAGAUGACGAUGAUGACGACGGCUGGGAGCCAAAGUCCUCGUCUCAGCUGCUGGAGAACUGGGGGAUGGAGGACAUCGACCACGUCUUCACUGAAGAGGACUAUCGCUCUCUGACCAACUACAAGGCCUUCAGUCAAUUUGUCAGGCCACUCAUCGCAGGCAAGAACCCGAAAAUUGCAGUGUCCAAGAUGAUGAUGGUUCUGGGAGCAAAGUGGCGAGAGUUCAGCACCAACAACCCACUAAAGGGAGCUGCUGCUGCUAACGCUGCCUUGGCCACUGCAAACGUUCCCGCUGCUGUUGAGAACAUGGUCGCGGAGGUCAGCCCGCCGCACACGGCGCCGGCGCCAGUAGAACCUCAGCAGCCUCCAGUUCCUCCUAUCCGCAAGGCAAAAACCAAGGAGGGGAAAGGUCCAAACGCACGGAAAAGAUCCAAACCCGUGGCUAAACCUCAAGAGAAGAAGAGCAAUGCCAAGACCAAGAAAGUGGCUCCUCUCAAGAUCAAACUAGGGGGGUUCAACAGCAAGAGGAAGCGCUCAUCGAGUGAGGAGGACGAGCCUGACGUGGACAGCGACUUUGAAGACGGGAGCAUGAACAGCAUGUCUGUGUCUGAAGGAUCCAACAGCCGCAGCAGCCGCAGCAAGAAGAAGGCGAACAAGAGCAAACCCAAGAAAAAGAAAGAAGCUGAGGACGGCGACGGCUAUGAGACUGACCACCAGGACUACUGCGAGGUGUGUCAGCAGGGAGGAGAGAUCAUCCUUUGCGACACAUGUCCGCGAGCGUACCACAUGGUGUGUCUGGACCCUGACAUGGAGAAGGCACCAGAGGGAACCUGGAGCUGCCCACACUGUGAGAAGGAAGGGAUCCAGUGGGAGGCCAGAGAGGAGCAGUCCGAAGGUGAAGAGGACAACGGGGAGACCGGGGAGAUGGAGGAGGACGACCACCACAUGGAGUUCUGUCGAGUCUGUAAGGAUGGAGGGGAGCUGCUCUGCUGCGACUCGUGUCCUUCGUCCUACCACAUUCACUGUCUUAACCCGCCACUGCCUGAGAUUCCUAAUGGGGAGUGGAUCUGCCCUCGAUGCCUGUGUCCUCCCAUGAAGGGAAAAGUGCAGAAGAUCCUGACCUGGCAGUGGGGCGAGCCCCCUCCUCCCACACCCGUGCCCCGUCCCCCAGACCUCCCAGCAGACUCCCCGGACCCUCAGCCGCUUACAGGUCGACCAGAGAGGGAGUUCUUUGCAAAGUGGUCCAACAUGUCGUACUGGCACUGCUCCUGGGUCACUGAGCUUCAGCUGGAGCUCCACUGUCAGGUCAUGUUCCGGAACUACCAGAGGAAGAACGACAUGGAUGAACCGCCGCCCAUUGACUUUGGUGAUGGGGAAGAAGACAAGAGCGUUAAGAGGAAGAACAAAGACCCCAUGUACGCAAAGCUGGAAGAGAAGUACCUGCGCUAUGGCAUCAAGAUGGAGUGGCUCAUGAUCCACCGCAUCCUCAACCACAGCGUGGACAGGAAGAACAACGUCCACUACUUGAUCAAGUGGCGAGAGCUGCCGUACGACCAGGCCACCUGGGAGGCAGACGACAUGGACAUUCCUGAGUUCGACACGUACAAGCUCCAGUACUGGAACCACCGAGAGCUGAUGAUGGGCGACGACGGUAAACCUGGGAAGAAGAUCAAGGUCAAAGGCCGGGUGAAAAGAGUGGACAGACCUCCAGAGAACCCCGUGGUUGAUCCGACCAUCAAGUUCGAGCGUCAGCCAGAGUACCUGGACAGCACGGGCGGGACGUUGCACCCCUACCAGCUGGAAGGACUGAACUGGCUGCGCUUCUCAUGGGCUCAGGGCACGGACACCAUCCUGGCUGACGAGAUGGGACUGGGCAAGACUGUGCAGACGGCCGUCUUCCUCUACUCGCUCUAUAAAGAGGGUCACUCCAAAGGUCCAUUCCUGGUCAGCGCACCGCUGUCCACCAUCAUUAACUGGGAGCGAGAGUUUGAGAUGUGGGCCCCGGACAUGUAUGUGGUGACGUACGUCGGAGACAAAGACAGCCGAGCUGUCAUCAGGGAGAACGAGUUCUCCUUCGAAGACAACGCCAUCCGAGGCGGGAAGAAGGCGUCCAAGAUGAAGAAAGACUCGUCCAUCAAGUUCCACGUGCUCCUGACGUCCUACGAGCUGAUCACCAUCGACAUGGCCAUCCUGGGCUCCAUCGACUGGGCUUGUUUGGUCGUGGACGAGGCUCACCGCUUGAAAAACAACCAGUCAAAGUUUUUCCGUGUGCUGAACAACUAUCCUCUGCAACACAAACUGCUGCUAACGGGAACGCCGCUGCAAAACAACCUGGAGGAGCUUUUCCACCUGCUCAACUUCCUCACGCCUGAGAGGUUCAGUAACCUGGAGGGCUUCCUGGAGGAGUUUGCAGAUAUUGCAAAAGAAGACCAGAUCAAGAAGCUUCACGACAUGCUGGGUCCUCACAUGCUCAGGAGACUGAAGGCCGACGUCUUCAAACACAUGCCCUCUAAGACGGAGCUGAUCGUCCGUGUGGAGCUCAGUCCCAUGCAGAAGAAAUACUACAAAUUCAUCCUGACAAGGAACUUUGAGGCCCUGAACACCAAAGGAGGCGGUAACCAGGUCUCUCUGCUCAACGUGGUCAUGGACCUGAAGAAGUGCUGUAACCACCCCUACCUCUUCCCUGGAGCUGCCAUGGAAGCUCCUAAGUUGCCCAACGGGAUGUACGAAGGAAACUCUCUGACCAAAACGGCAGGGAAGCUGCUUCUGCUGCAGAAGAUGAUGAGGAAGUUGAAGGAGGGAGGACACAGGGUCCUCAUCUUCUCUCAGAUGACCAAGAUGUUGGACCUCCUGGAGGACUUCCUGGAGAAUGAAGGGUACAAGUACGAGAGGAUCGACGGAGGCAUCACAGGAGGGAUGAGACAGGAGGCCAUCGACCGGUUCAACGCUCCUGGUGCUCAGCAGUUUGCCUUUCUGCUGUCGACAAGAGCCGGAGGCCUGGGGAUCAACCUGGCCACCGCCGACACCGUCAUCAUCUACGACUCGGACUGGAACCCGCACAACGACAUCCAGGCCUUCAGCAGAGCCCAUCGUAUCGGUCAGAACCGGAAGGUGAUGAUCUAUCGCUUCGUCACCAAGGCGUCUGUGGAGGAGAGGAUCACGCAGGUGGCCAAGAAGAAGAUGAUGCUGACCCACCUGGUGGUGCGGCCCGGCCUCGGCUCCAAGACGGGCUCUAUGUCCAAGCAGGAGCUGGACGACAUCCUCAAGUUUGGAACGGAGGAGCUCUUCAAGGACGAGGUGGACGGAGAGAACAAGGAGGAGGACAGCAGCGUCAUCCACUACGACGACAAAGCCAUUGACCGCCUGCUGGACCGGAACCAGGAUGCCACAGACGACACCGAGCUGCAGAGCAUGAACGAGUACCUGAGCUCCUUCAAGGUGGCCCAGUACGUGGUCAAAGACGAGGACGAGGAGGAGGAGGAGGUGCAGCGUGAGAUCAUCAAGCAGGAGGAGAGCGUGGACCCCGACUACUGGGAGAAGCUGCUGCGCCACCACUACGAGCAGCAGCAGGAGGAUUUGGCUCGCAACCUGGGCAAGGGCAAGCGCAUCCGCAAGCAGGUCAACUACAACGACGGCUCCCAGGAGGACCGAGCCGACUGGCAGGACGACCAGUCCGACGGGCAGUCGGAUUACUCCGUGGCUUCGGAGGAGGGCGACGAGGACUUUGAUGAGCGGACAGAAGCCAACUCCCGGAGGCCCAACAGGAAAGGCCUGAGGAACGACAAGGACAAGCCACUGCCCCCCCUGCUGGCCAGGGUGAGCGGCAACAUCGAGGUGCUGGGCUUCAACUCCCGGCAGCGGAAAGCCUUCCUCAACGCCGUCAUGCGUUACGGGAUGCCACCCCAGGACGCCUUCUCCACCCAGUGGCUGGUCCGAGACCUGCGGGGCAAAUCUGAGAAGGAGUUCAAGGCCUACGUCUCCCUCUUCAUGCGCCACCUCUGCGAGCCGGGGGCCGACGGCGCCGAGACCUUUGCGGACGGCGUCCCCAGGGAGGGCUUGUCCCGCCAGCACGUCCUCACGCGCAUCGGCGUCAUGUCGCUCAUACGGAAGAAGGUUCAGGAGUUCGAGCACGUCAACGGCCAGUGGUCCAUGCCCUGGAUGGCAGAGCUGGAGGAGAACAAGCGUGCGGCCGCGCAGCCCGACUCUCCCGGGAAAACUCCGUCGACCGGGACGCCUGCCGACACGCAACCCAACACUCCGGCGCCAGUGGACGAGUCGAAGAGCGACGAGUCGACGAAAGACGGAGAGAAGGAGGCGAAGAAAGAGGCCGAUGGCGAGAAAAACGGCAAAGACCCUGUCAAGUGCGACGACGAGGUCAUCGCCAUUCCUGAUGACGAGGAGGUGAAGGCAUCGCCGCCGCCGCCGCCGCCGGAGGAGGAGAAGACAAAGAACGGCGAGGAGCCGAUGGAGACGGACAAACCAGUGAAUGGCGAGGUGGUCAACGGGAAGGAGAAGGAGGCGGACGAAGAGGCGGAGAAGAAGAGUCCGGAAGAAGCAGAGGAGACCAAAGCUGCUUCAGACGCCAAGGCCGAGGCCUCAGAGGUCAAAGCUGAGGACUCCGAGGUCAAAGCGGCGUCCGACGUGAAGACGGAGGAGAAGAUGGACACGAGUCCAGUGGAGGAGAAGAAAGACCUGAAGGAGGCGCCCAAAGCCGAGGAGCCGGCCAAACUGCAGAACGGCGACGGAAGCAAAGAGGGCGGAGCCUCGGCGGGCGGAGUCAGCGAGGAGAAGAAGAAGGCCAAGACCCGGUUCAUGUUCAACAUUGCCGAUGGAGGCUUCACAGAGCUUCACUCGCUGUGGCAGAACGAAGAACGCGCCGCCACCGUCACCAAGAAAACCAACGAGAUCUGGCACCGCCGCCACGACUACUGGUUGCUGGCCGGGAUCAUACAACACGGCUACGCUCGCUGGCAGGACAUCCAGAACGACGCCAAGUUUGCCAUCCUCAACGAGCCGUUCAAGGGGGAAAUGAACCGAGGGAACUUCCUGGAGAUCAAGAACAAGUUCCUGGCCCGACGGUUCAAGCUGCUGGAGCAGGCGCUGGUCAUCGAGGAGCAGCUGCGCCGCGCCGCCUACCUCAACAUGUCCGAGGACCCGUCUCACCCCUCCAUGGCCCUCAACACCCGCUUCAGCGAGGUGGAGUGUCUCGCCGAGUCACACCAGCACCUCAGCAAGGAGUCCAUGUCCGGGAACAAGCCGGCCAACGCCGUCCUGCACAAAGUGCUGAAGCAGCUGGAGGAGCUGCUGAGCGACAUGAAGGCCGACGUCACCCGACUCCCCGCCACCAUCGCCCGGAUACCUCCCGUGGCCGUGCGGCUCCAGAUGUCUGAGAGGAACAUCCUGAGCCGGCUGGCCAGCCGAGGGCCCGAGACACAGACGCAAACACAGGCCGCGCAGAUGUCGCAACAGUGACCUGAGACUGGCUCGGGACCCUGGCCCGGCCUCACACGGACAUUCCUGCUCGGUGCACAGAAGAAAAUGGACAGUCUGGCUCCGCCCUCCUCACACAGACUCAAAACUUUGGAGGAUCAAAUCUCUCCGCUCUUUUUAUUACUGUUCUGUUUUUAAGGCUGUGGACAGAAACGUUUUCUUUUGCCCGCAACUUCCAUUUUUUUUUUUUUUUUUGCAUUUCUGUAUUAAUAUUAUUGAUAUAAUGUUAUUGAGUUUUUUGGGACCUAAAUAAAA